AUGGACGUAGACGUGGACGUCGACGUGGACGGGGACGUGGACGUGGACGUUUACGUGGACAUGGACGUGGACGGGGACGUGGACGUGGACGUGGACAUGGACGUGGACGUGGACGUGGAUGUGGUCGUGGACGUGGACGUGGACGUGUAUGUGGUCGUGGACGUGGACGUGGACGUGGACGUGGACCUGGACGUGGAUGUGGACGUGGACGUGGACGUGGACUUGAACGUGGACGUGGACGUGGACGUGGACGUCGACGUGGACAUGGACGUGGACGUCGAAGUGGACAUGGACGUGGACGUGGACGUGGACGUGGACGUGUACGUGGACGUGGACGUGGACGUGGACGUGGACGUGAACAUGGACGUGGACGUGGACGUGGACGUCGACGUGGACAUGGACGUGGACGUGGACGUGGACGUGGACGUGGACAUGGACGUGGACGUGGACGUGGACGUCGACGUGGACAUGGACGUGGACGUGGAGGGGGACGUGGACGUGGAAAUGGACGUGGACGUGGACAUGGACGUAGACGUGGACGUGGACGUGGACGUGGAGGUGGACAUGGUCGUGGACGUGGACGUGGAAGUGGACGUGGUCGAGGUCGUGGUCGUGGACCUGGACGUGGACGUGGACGUGAACGUGGACGUGGACGUGGACGUCGACGUGGACGUGGUCACAUGGUCGUGGACGUGGACGUGGAGGUGGACGUGGACGUGGACAUGGACGUGGACGUGGACGUGGACAGGGACGUGGACGUGGACGUUGGACGUGGACGUGGACGUGGACGUGGACGUGGUCGUGGACGUGGACGUGGACGUGGACGUGGACGUGGACCUGGACGUGGACGUGGACGUGGACGUGGACGUGGACGUGGACGUGGACCUGGACGUGGACGUGGACGUGGACGUGGACGUGGAAGUGGACGUGGACGUGGACGUGGAAGUGGACGUGGACGUGGACGUGGACGUGGAUGUGGACGUGGACGUGGACGUGGACGUGGACGUGGACGUGGACGUCGACAUGGACGUGGACGUGGACGUGGACAUGGACGUGGACGUGGACGUGGACGUGGACGUGGACGUGGACGUGGACAUGGACGUGGACGUGGACGUGGACAUAGACGUGGACGUGGACGUGGACGUAGACGUGGACGUGGACGUGGACAUGGACGUGGACGUCGAAGUGGACGUGGACGUGGACGUGGACGUGGACGUGGACGUGGACGUGGACGUGGACGUGGACAUGGACGUGGACGUGGACGUGGACGUGGACGUGGACGUGGACAUGGACGUGGACGUGGACGUGGACGUAGACGUGGACGUGGACAUGGACGUGGACGUGGACGUGGACGUGGACGUCGAAGUGGACGUGGACGUGGACAUGGACGUGGACGUGGACGUGGAUGUGGACGUGGACUUGGACGUGGACGUGGACGUGGAGGUGGACGUGGACGUGGACAUGGACGUGGACAUGGACGUGGACGUGGACGUGGAUGUGGACGUGGACAUGGACAUGGACGUGGACGUGAACGUGGACGUGGACGUGGACAUGAACGUGGACAUGGACGUGGACAUGGACGUGGACGUGGACGUGGACGUGGUCGUGGACGUGGACAUGGACGUGGACGUGGACGUGGACAUGGACGUGGACGUGGACGUGGACGUGGACGUGGACAUGGACGUGGACGUGGACCUGGACGUGGACGUGGACGUGGACCUGGACGUGGUCGUGGACGUGGACGUGGACGUGGACGUGGACCUGGACGUGGACGUGGACAUGGACGUCGACGUGGACGUCGACGUGGACAUGGACGUCGACGUGGACGUGGACGUAGACGUGGACAUGGACGUGGACGUGGACAUGGACGUGGACGUGGUCGUGGACGUGGACGUGGACAUCGACGUGGACGUGGACGUGGACGUGGACGUGGACAUGGUCGUGGACUUGGACGUGGAGGUGGACGUGGACGUGGACAUGGACGUGGAUGUGGACAUGGAUGUGGACGUGGACAGGGACGUGGACGUGGACGUUGACGUGGACAUGGACGUGGACGUGGACAUGGACGUGGACGUGGACGUGGACAUGGACGUGGACAUGGACAUGGACGUGGACAUGGACAUGGACGUGGACAUGGACGUGGACGUGGACACGUGGACGUGGACGUGGACGUGGACGUAG